AAUCAUACUGUUGAACGCUCGUGGUUUUUAGUCCAAGGCCCGUCGUCAGUGCACGUAAUUAACAACAUAUAUUGUACUAUUCGUUUCCGAUUUUGAUUCCGUAUUUUUUAAAAACAAAAAACUGUAAUCAAUAAGUUAGAUGACUAUGUCAAGAAAACUUUAAAUAAAAAAAAAUUCCGUAUUUUUUUGUGGAUUCUUUCUCGCGUCCUCUCAGUUAUCUGAAAAACAUGUCUCUUACAGUCGCUCAAGUUCAUCAACGGCUAAGGCACAUCAUCGACAGUUCGCAUAUGAAUACCAACGAUCAAUUAGAGGCGUUUCAGAUUGUGUUGAAAGACAUCAUGUCGCUUUCAGACAAUCCAGUCAGUUCUGAUGUGAUUGAGAUGUUGAAAGUAAUGAUCGAAAUCUCUGUUGAUAAAAAUGUAAGUUUGGGGAUUUCUCGCCAGAUAUUUAAUGAUUUUAGCACAGAAGUCUUACCUAAUAUGAUAAAAGAACAAUCCAAACAGCUGGCUCUCUUCAUACUGGAUAAAAUGGAUCCUAGGACAGACAGUUUUGAAACUCAAAUGUGCAACAUACGUAUGCAUUUAGCUACCAUUUUUGAGACUGAUAAAAAUUGGAAAGAUGCAGUCCUUGUGCUAAUCGCAAGUACCACCGAUUCAGAACAAAAAAUGCAUACAAUUGAACACAGAUUUGAAAUAUGCAUUAGAAUAGCACGUAUGUACUUAGAAGAUAACGAUGCAUUGCAAGCGCAGUCAUAUAUUAAUAGAGCUUCAAUGUUGAAAAGUAUGAUAACAAAUGAAACUCAAAUGACUUCUUUCAAAUUUACACAUGCACGUGUAUUAGAUUAUCAUCACAGGUUUAAUGAGGCUGCACAUAAAUAUAAUGAAUGUUCGCUCAGCCUAGAUAUUAAUGAAAGUGAACGCACAACAGCAUUAAAAAGCGCUAUUGUAUGUACAAUAUUAUCCCCUGCUGGUCCCCCACGAUUCCGGAUGUUGACAACGUUGUAUAAAGACGAAAGAUGUAAAACCUUGAUGAGAUUUUCAAUUCUUGAAAAAUUGUACCUAUGUCGUAUUAUUAAGCCAAACGAAGUUGACCAAAUAGAAUCAAUGCUUUUACCACAUCAGAAGGCCAAAACAAAAUAUAAUACAUCUUUAUUGACUGAUGCUAUAAUUGAGCAUAACAUGUUAUCGAUCAGCAAAAUAUAUAAAAAUAUAAAAAUUAAGUCACUUGCGAGUUUAUUGAAAGUUGACCAGUAUAAAGCCGAAAGAAUAGCAGCAAAAAUGAUUUCUGAAGAACGCAUGAAAGGUUCAAUUGACCAGAUUGACGGUUUUAUUCACUUUAAAUCUCAAAUUGAAGCCAAUACCAUACUAACCUGGGAUAAGAAUAUUGAAUCUCUGUGCUAUCAUGUUAAUCAUAUUUAUGAAAUGAUGUAUGCUGACUCAUCAAUUCGUGAAUGGAUGAAUAAGCAUUUCGAUAAUCAAAUGUCUUUAUAAAUGUAUGUAAUACUAUAAUAUUUUUCUUAAUUUAUGUUAGUAACAUUGAUUUUUUUUCGUUUUG